AUUCGCUCGUCACCCUUCGGCAGUCAUCGGCGGACCGCCCGGACGAGCGAGUGUGUUCACGUCGGUCGCGUCGUUGCAAUCACUUAAAUGUCAAAUUCAAUGAUUCCGAAAGUCAGUUUGACAUGUGCACCGCGACAUCGUAAACAUUAAUAAUGUAGCGCGUUUAAAGUGCCCGUUAAAUUAGAUCGGCUAAUAUUUAGCGUUUUCCAAUAAGAAUUCCCGUAUAAACAGACUCGUUUUCGUUAGUGAUCGUGUUUUGCCAAUCCGCACCUUAAUGUGCCGCGGUCCUGCGAACGUUUCAGCUUCGGUUCGAUGGACUAUGGCAGGCUCUGAUGCUGCCGUGUUGUGGAGGGAGUACUUAAGAUAGGAUGUCAAAGUGAUUCACGAUGGACCGCGUGAGUGGAGUGUGUCGGUUUGGCGGAGUGGUGUCGGCGGUCAGCAGGAGGAGCGGGCGUAGCCGGCGGCGGCUGGCGAGCUCGGCCCCGGUGCCCGACUGCAGGCCUGAGACCCCGCGCCGAGGGCUCGGCGCCGUGCUCAUCCUCACCUGCAUCGUUGUCUACCACAACUGCCUCUACUGCGGUUUCGUGUUCGAUGAUAUCAAUGCUAUAAAAGAAAAUAGAGACUUGAGACCUCAGACACCAAUCUCGAACAUCUUCCUGAACGACUUUUGGGGAACACCCAUACAUAAGGAGCAGUCACACAAAUCGUACCGUCCUCUGACGGUGCUGACUUUCCGAUGGAACUACGCGGUGCACGGGCUGCACCCGGCGGGGUACCACCUCGUGAACCUGCUGCUCCAUGCCCUUGUGUCACUCUUGUACUACAAGGUGUGCGCAAUGUUCCUGCCGGAGUUUGCAAGUUUCGUGGCGGCCAUGCUGUUUGCCGUGCACCCGAUACACACCGAGGCGGUGACGGGCGUGGUGGGUCGAGCGGAGAUGCUAUCCUCCGUGUUUUUCCUCGGAGCUCUGCUGUGCUACGCUCGGGCUGCAAGCAGGAGGAGAUGUACAGACUGGCGCUACGUGGCCGCGUGCGCAGUGUGCGUGGGAGUGGCCAUGUUGUGCAAGGAGCAGGGCAUCACCGCCACCGGCGUGUGCGUCGUUUACGAGCUCUUUGUGGCGCAGAAGCGCCGUGGAACCGGCGGUGGCAAUCGUUGGUCGUGGCUGGAGGCGUGGGGCAAAGGGUCGGGUUGGGGCUACGCGUGCGGCGAGGCCGCUCGGCGCGUCGUCACCCUGUGCUGCGCCAGCCUCGCCCUGCUGGCGGCCAGGCUGCACGUGAUGGGCGCUCAGCUGCCCGUGUUCACGAGAUUUGAUAAUCCGGCCGGAGCCACUACUGGACCUGCUAAGCAUUUGACUUUCGCUUACCUGCCAGCACUGAACGCGUGGCUCCUCGCGCUGCCCGAGGCCCUGUGCUGCGACUGGACGAUGGGCACGGUGGCGCUGCUCCAAUCGUGGCAAGACCCCAGAAAUCUGGCCACCGCAGCUAUGUUCAUUGGCUUGUUGGUCGCCGCGAUCCACGCGCUGCGGACACGGUGUACUGCUUUGUCUAUGGGCCUAGCGCUCCUGGUUCUGCCCUUCUUGCCAGCGUCUAAUCUCUUCUUCCCGGUGGGAUUUGUGGUGGCCGAGCGCAUCCUCUACAUGCCCUCGAUGGGCUGGUGCAUGCUGGUCGCCCACGGGUGGCGUCUGGCCGCCAAGAAACACGCCAAGACGGCCGUGGCUGCACUCAUAUUUAUACUCUUCGCCUUUAGUAUCAAGACUUACGUCAGGAACUGGGAUUGGAAGACUGAAUAUUCUAUUUUCGCUUCGGGGUUAAGGGUGAAUCGCAACAACGCCAAGCUGUAUAACAACGUUGGGCACGCUUUAGAAGCGGACGGGCGAUACACGGAAGCCCUGGAGUUCUUCAACACGGCCGUCAGCGUCCAGCCGGACGACGUCGGCGCGCACAUCAACGUCGGCCGCACCUACAACCAUCUCGGCAAAUACCAAGAAGCCGAAGAAGCCUAUAUGAAAGCCAAGUCUUUACUGCCUAAAGCUAAACCCGGCGAGUCCUACCAGGCCAGAAUAGCCCCCAACCAUUUAAGCGUGUUCCUGAACCUUGCCAGCUUGAUAUCCAGGAAUGCCACUAGACUUGAAGAGGCCGAUAUGCUGUACAGACAAGCGAUCAGCAUGAGGGCGGACUACACUAGGGCGUAUAUCAAUAGGGGCGACAUUUUAAUAAAAUUGAAUAGGACGAAAGAGGCGCAGGAGGUGUAUGAAAAAGCGCUUCUUUAUGACAGCGGCAAUCCGGACAUCUAUUACAAUCUCGGCGUGGUGCUGCUGGAGCAAGGCAAGGCGUCGCAAGCGCUGGCGUACCUGGACAAGGCGCUGGAGCUGGAGCCCGAGCACGAGCAGGCGCUGCUCAACUCCGCGAUCCUGCUGCAGGAGCUCGGCGCCGCCGACCUGCGCCAGGUGGCGCGCCAGCGCCUGCUCAAACUGCUCGACAAGGAUUCCACGAACGAGCGCGUGCACUUCAACCUGGGCAUGGUGUGCAUGGACGAGGGCGACGCGGAGUGCGCGGAGCGGUGGUUCCGCGCGGCCGUGCACCUGAAGCCCGACUUCCGCUCCGCGCUGUUCAACCUGGCGCUGCUGCUGGCCGACCGGCGCCGCCCGCUCGAGGCCGCGCCCUUCCUCAAGCAGCUAGUGCGCCACCACCCCGACCACGUCAAGGCGUUGGUGCUGCUCGGAGAUAUCUACAUCAACUCCGUCAAGGAUCUGGACGCCGCCGAGAGCUGCUACCGGCGCAUCCUGGAGCUGGAGGCGGACAACGUGCAGGCGCUGCACAACCUGUGCGUGGUGGCGGUGGAGCGCGGCGCGCUGGCCGCGGCCGAGGAGUGCCUGGCGCGCGCCGCGUCGCUGGCGCCGCACGAGCACUACAUCCGGCGCCACCUCGCCGUGGUGCGCGCGCGCCGCCUGCAGGCCGCUCCUGCGCAUGCGCCUGCCCCCACCGCCCCCACCGCCCCCACCGCCGAGGUGCGCGCGCGCUGGAACUACAUCCCGCAGCAGCCGCCCGACCCGCACGAGGCGGACCCCGAGUAGAGCCCCGGCCCCCGGCCGUCCGCGCAUCGUGCAGAGGCGUUCCGUUGACGAUCAGGGUAUUGAAAAUUAAAAGUCGCUCCGCUCUCCGAUCUGAAUGUGAAAUUUGCUAAUGACGAGCCUUCGUCUCUCCCGAAUCCUACCUGGAAAGAUCUGUAUUUCUCGGUAUCGCUCUGUGAGGGGACGAGUCGAUUUAAUAGACCGCUAAUGUCGGCGCACUAGUGGCCGGAGAGGAUUCUCCUAUGACUAUUUUGUUAUAAUGAAUGCGAAAAUUGCCAGACAAGACUAAAAUUUCACUAAAUGUCUACUAAAUAGACACCUCAUUUCCGAAAGAAACGUCUCUAUGUGCAGACAAGCGUUCGUAAUUUGUCUCGUCUCUGUUAUACCGUUUCAGCUUCAGUAUUUGGAAUGCUUUCCCUACUAAAUUUCACCGUUGUAUUCGAACUCGAAAUUAUUAUAAUCAUUGCAGUAUUUUGGCUAUUAUUAUUAGUGAUUUAUUGAUCUCAUAGAAUAUUAGUUUGCAUACGACGCCUUUAUAAUAUUGUUAAUAAGUACUUAAAGUUGGACAAGCUUCGUCAUUAGCCCGGUAUACGGUAUCUGUGCGUAGAUAUGAUUUAUAAUAACUGUUUAUAGGCUGUUUAUAGAUGGGAUUUGUAUCAUUCCAAUUAUAAUCUAUUUGACUUUGUCUAGUCAAGAUGCAAUCGCAUUUGAUAUUAUUUUGGACUCAUUUUUUAUGCAUUUACGAAUAAGUGAUUUAAAAUUAUUCAUUGUUGUAAUAUGUUGAACAACCUAUGCUUGGAAUAGACGCUGGGAGUAGCAUUUAGAUGAAUGUGCCCCGCAUUAAGCCACCCCAUUUUAAUAAGGCUAUACAAAUAAACCUAGUUAUAAACAAGUUUCUGUCUCAAUUUUUGUAAACAAUUUUAAUAUUAACUGCAUAAUAAAACGGCGAAAUGAUCAAUGAUAGGACUUCUUUUACACAGAUGGAAGUAGAGAGCGUUUAAUGUAAUCUAUAGAAAAAUACGCAAUUUGAUUCACUAUACGCGAAGGAUUCAACCAGAGACAGAGAUGUUAAAUAGCUAUUUUUUAUAAUUAGACAUCGGUCUAAGUUUUGGGCUUAUAACCGGCAUGUGGGUAGCUUAGCCAGAGCUUACUUUGCGGCAGCUAUGAUAAGAUACGGAAUUCAAAUUUCUAAGGUCUGGCCAAACAUAAAACAAGGGUCGAAUUGCUAACGAUCGGUUUGGCGGCCAGAAUAAGGUGCGAAUCGCCAUUCCUACCACCUCGUCCACCGUGCGAUACAGGACGAGGUGGUAGGAAUGGCAAGAAAAGUCCUAGUUAAGGUUAAUUAUUUUCGUAAAGGCAAAUGUUACUGUGUAAUGAGUAAAUGAAGUGAUCGACCGUUGUUAGAUUUAGAUGUGCAAAAUGUAAUGUUGUUCAUGUUUUAAGAUAAAAGUAACUUUUGUAAAAACUGAAUUUUUUACAAUGUCUUGAAACAUUUCCGGUGGGAACUCUGUAGGGUGUCAAUGAUUUGUAAGGACCCCAAUAUUAUAAACUAUUUGUCGUCAAAACGUUUAUUUUUAUAAAAUAAAAUGAUGUUUCGAACAAGUC